AGCAUUGGUCAGCCAGCGUCUUGACCUUCAGCAUCCCAAAAUUAUAUUCCCGGAGCAGUGGUAGAUCUCCUCGCGCUCUUGCACAGUCAACAACCCAGUAUGGUGGACGUUCUCUGCAGCCGCGAGGCUGUAGAGGACCUCAUUGAGAGACAGUGGGUCCCUUUCGACGUCAAGGACAAGGGCAAGGCGAAGCCGGAGGAAUAUGUCAACACCUUCUCGCAGGAUCUCAUCAGCAUAUUUGCGAACGGUCCAGAAGUACACGGCAUCCAAGGUCAUCUCGCCUCAUACAGACAGCUUUAUGAGAACCUCUGCUACGUCCGGCGCGAUGUCAAUUCCUACGAUGUCAUAGGUGACAAGAUAUAUAUGGAGUUCACAACACUGUUGAUAUUGUCUAGUGAUCCGGAUCAGCAGCUAAUUGCAAUACGGGGCUGCAAUGUCAUUCAAGUGGCAACAUCGGGACGGGACAAAAAUCUCAUUGUCAGAGUUCAUGGGUACUACGAUGUUGGACCAGCAUUUGACCGGUUGUUUCAGCUGGGCGAGGCAGCCUCAGAGGAGCCAUUUUACUAGUCAUGUACUAAUGGAGACUUCUGGUUUGUUUCAGCACCAUUCGCCUACGGUCGCAGGUGGUCGAUGCGGCGAGCAGAGCGCUUUGCCGAUUGAGUGACACGAUUUGAGAAGAGCAACAGCUUUACAUUCAGACGAAUCUUUU